AUGAUUGACCCAAUUGAUAAAAUUAUUGAAGAAACAUUUGUUUAUAAAAUUGACAUGCUUCAUAAUCUUUCUUUAUCAUCGAAUGCUUCAAUGAUUCGUUACGCUUUAGCAUAUAAAGACUUUAAUCCUAAUGAAAAAUAUCCUGAGGAAGAGAUAGAAUCAAGUUUUGAAUUAACGAAAAAGUAUUGGAAAUAUAAAAUUGAAUCAUAUAAGAAACAAGAUGAAAAAGCAGAAAGAGAUACUAAAAAUAAUGUUUCAAUGGAUGAUUUUCAAUACUAUCACGAUUUAAUCCUUUCAUCUAAAUGCAAAAUGUGUGGUAAAGCGUUUACAUAUGCAAAUAAACCAACAUUGGAUAGAAUAGAUAAUGAAAAACCACAUACCAAAGAAAAUUGUCAGUUAAUGUGUUGUUAUUGCAAUGUCGUAAAAUCAAAUAAAGAUGAAGAUGUUCAACGUUUAAGAAUCAAUUUAAGAAAUUAUGCAUUAAAAAAUAAUUUACCAAUGACUUUAGAUUCAGUUGAAGCUUAUCACAUUCUCCAUAAUGGAAUUACUGGUGGUUUAUCAAAUGUUCAACAUAGAGUAAAUCUUAAAGGAAUCACGCACAUUAAUAAACUUUCAUAUAAUCCAGAAACUAAAACUGUAUCAAAUGAGGACACUUCCAACAUCAUGACUCAUUUCGUUGGUGUUGAUUUUAAUUCAUUAUAUCCUUCAUCAUUUUCAUCUAAUCCUCAUGAUUUCAUUCAAUAUACUGACCAUAAAAUGUAUAUGCCGGGAAGAUUGAAUGGUGUUAUCAUUUGUGAUACAGCAACAAAGAAAGCAAAAGCACUGGGAAUAAUUAAGAAGAAAAAUACUUUAUUCGUGGCUGAAGUAAAGG